AAACCUGCUAUACUCAGAAGAGGUGCCAGAACAGUUUUUGUAUUAAAUGUUAAAAGUUACAAAAAAAUCAGAAGUGCAAUAACAGCUUGUUAGGCCAAGGGGCAGGUGCAGAGAUGGGGCAAUUGGUUUGCACAUCCUCGCACCAAGUUCAGUGCGUCAAAUCUAGCUUACUUCGUUUUUACUGUUACUGGUGCAUAAAAAACCCUAUUUAAAAUGAACAAGCAAGUAAAAUAAACAAAUAAAUCCUGGUGAUCCACCAGUCUUAUAAUACACGCUGCUUUAUUAUCGCUUAUAUUUGAGAAGAGAAUGUUUUUGUUUUUUUUACUAACAAUUACUGUUUUGAUAUGUAUUUAAUAAAAGCUGAAAUGUUUUGUUGUUUGAAGUUGGUGGAAUCCAUUCUUAACAACAAACCUGGUGGCGAAUGGAUCAUGAAGGAAUAUAAUCGAAGCAAGUGCCUCACAGAUGAAACCAGAAGGAAAAUGGUUAACAUACUGGCAGCUGACAUGACAGAGAAGAAUGGGACAUCACCACCCAGAGAGGUUAAAGAAAUGUAUGCCAGAGGAAUUGUUAGCUUAUUCCCCUACCUCAGUGAUCCAUUCUCCAGGAAUGGUUAUGACCAUUAUUAUGAUGCUGCAAGUGGUACCGGGUAUUUAGCCUGGAGAAUAAAAACUACUCAGAGAUCCACUGCUAAAGACAGACGAUCAUCAUAUGGAGCAUCAUCCGAAGAAGCAUCUUGUGAACAUGGGCUUGGAGGACCAGCUGCUAGACGAGAGACCCAGUUUGUUCCAGAGACUAUCCUGAGUGAAGAAGAGUGUAAGGAAGCCAUCGCACUGAUUAAGCAUUCAGCUAAUGAGGACACGAUCAAGAAGAAGAUGAAGCUCACAUUUGACUUCCGGCGCAACAUGGUCCUCGACCCCCAACAGUCAAGCAACAUACUCUCUGUCUUUCCACGUUUCAAAGAUGUCAAAGGCUUGAUGGAGCAGGAUUUUGUCCUGAUGUUUGGAGAAGACGUGUCUGGCAAGUUUCUGGAGAAAUGGACGACCACCUUCAAGAGAAAGAUCAUCCAACAAUGCAGAAAGCUUCUAACCACUAGUGAUCUUGAAGAACUUCUCCUGGCAGCUGAUACUCCUGAGGAUGACACUGAAGUGGAUGAUGACAUGAGUUGGGACAGUGACCUCUCAUCGAUUUUGCUGCUGCUACACCUGAUUCCCCCCUCUGCCUUGGGUCGUAAGAGACCAGGGAAGUUGUCUGCCUCCCAAGCAGAGAAGCGUCUUGUGGUCUUCAAGAAGACAGGAACCAACAUCCAAGAACAUCUUGAUGCCAUCACGACGAGCACACAACCCUAUCUCCUGGCUGUGGGACGGAGGAAGAAAGUAGCUCACCAGUUCUUCAUCAUCCUUGACAAAAAUGCCAUUGCUUGCAGGUCAACUUCCUCUCUUGGUUCUUUUGAUGAACUGUUUAAGGCACAUUACGUGUUUGCCACAACAUACAACCCCAUGCUGUGCAACAUGUUUAUGUUCAUCCAGACCACUGUGUACAAUAUACAGUAGAUGUAGGUAAAGUGAAAGAAAGUCCACGUGUGGCAGAAAUUCGGGCUAGGUUGCUUCACUA